AUGGCUAUCGUUGGAUAUCUUUCAGCUGGGAUGGUCUUUACCUGUUCGGCUGCAAACACGCUCGUUUACACCGAUAGGGGAACUAUGCAAGCGGCGGGUGCUGGUCACAUUAUCCUCUCUAUCGUCCAGAUUAUCUGGAUCUUUUACUUCGGGUCGACCCCCGACGCGUUAUCACACGCCUAUGUUGAUUCGUUCGCUCUGCACAAGGACCAGAAGCGGUCUCAGAGCACACACCCGCUAUCGCCUGGCUACCACGGCGACAGGCCGCAUACCAGCACUAGCAGCCAUCACGCACCCCAGAUUGCGACACCCGCCCCUGGCCCUUCAACUACACCCCAGCCGCAGAGUGCGGCGAUCCAGAUCCCGCCGGACGAGGUCACCGCUCCCACCGAUUACCCAUACAGGGCAAAGGCAAUCUACUCGUACGAUGCCAACCCGGAGGAUGCGAACGAAAUCUCGUUCACAAAGCACGAGAUUUUGGAGGUUUCGGACGUUUCUGGACGAUGGUGGCAGGCGAGGAAACAGAAUGGAGAGACGGGUAUUGCACCAUCAAAUUACUUGAUAUUGCUGUAA